AUGCGCGGAGCGGCGGCCCGCGUCGGCCGGCCGCGGGCCUCGGCGCGGCACUCGCAGCGGCGCGGCUCAGCAGUCAGCAUGCAGGACGACAGCGGCGACUGCUCCGCGGCGGCGGUGGCGGCGGCGGCGGCCUUUCCCCCCGUGCUCGAGCUCAACGUGGGCGGCGUCUACUACACGACGGCGCUCAGCACGCUCACGCUGACGCCGUCGCUGCUCGCCGACACGUUCUCGGGCAGGACGGCGGUGCCGCCGAGGGACGCCAAGGGCCGCUACUUUCUGGACCGCGACGGCGUGCUGUUCCGCUACGUGCUGGACUUCCUGCGCAACGGCGCGCUCGUGCUGCCCGACAGCUUCCGCGAGGGCCAGCGGCUGCGCCAGGAGGCGCUGCACUUCCGCCUGCCCGCGCUCGCCGACGCCGUCACUCGACAGAAGGAAGAGGAUCAGGCGUGUGCGGGCUCCGGCAAGGGCCGCGGAGCGCCCGGCUUCAUCACGGUGGGCUACCGCGGCAGCUUCGCAUUCGGCCGCGACGGGCUGGCCGACGUCAAGUUCCGCAAGCUGUCGCGCAUCCUGGUGUGCGGCCGAGUCGCCCUCUGCCGCGACGUCUUCGGCGAGACGCUGAACGAGUCGCGGGACCCCGACCACGGGCUCAGCGACCGCUACACGUCGCGCUUCUUCCUCAAGCACUCAUUUAUAGAGCAGGCUUUCGACAUGCUGCAGGAGCACGGCUUCAAGCUGGCCGGCUCUUGCGGCUCGGGAACGGCCGGCGGCUCCGUCACAGACCUCAAGCCGGGGGUCGACACGGAGGAGAACCGCUGGAACCACUACAACGAGUUUGUGUUUGUGCGCGAGUAGAGCGCCUCCCCAGUAAGUAGUCCUUCCGACCACAACCCCCCCGCCCUCUAAUCCCCGCUGUUACUAACUGAGAACCCGGUGAACUCAGUUCCCCUCCGAGGUGUACUGCUUAAAUGCGCAGUCUCCGGGACCUCUAAAAACGUAAUCGAGUUUUCUGUAUCUGAGUCGUGGUUUCAUCAUUGCGAUACAAACUACUGAACAGCACGCUUAUUAUUAGUCAUUAUCACAUGCACAGCCGAUGUUUUGGAAAAAUACAAAUUCUGCAUGACAGCACGACGUAUUAGCUGUGUUUUCUAGAUAGUCUGUGAGUCUCGAAUUAGAGAUUUGUCUCUUUCGCGACACUUUACGAUGUAAAAGGGCCUGGUAAUUAUCUACCAAUAUCUAAUCCCAUGAACAUCCGUAGUUGCACCAGUUGCAACAGAUUUUUAGAGAUAUUUCAUUUCUGGAAAUAGUGUCCACGACUGUUUAGCGAAAAAUUGUCACUUCGAGAACAUACGAAUACGGAAAAUUAGUAAAUGGUAACCGUUUAACUUUCGAUUUGGUGACUGUUACUUUCAUAUGUUGGCGAAAGGAUAGUUAUUGUGGUACUACUCUGUGAGUUACACAAAAUAUACUUUUUUAGAGAAUAGUAACAAAUUGUACAAAGAAACACAAACGUAUUGGCAACGACACGGCAGUGUAGUGCCGUAAGAAUUAAUAUCAAUGUGCGGCCUUAGGUUCUUGUUCCUUGGAUACAUCCUCUUUCCUUUCUGUCAUAAAUGGCAUAUCACCUCAUCUGAUGCAAUGAAGAAUUAUUUGUAGUUGAAAUUUAUCGGACGAAUAUCUUCUAUACCUACGAGAUUGCAAAAUGUAAUACUCAAAGGUUUACAGCCACUUUCGUGAAAUAAAUAUCUAUUCCAUGUAUUAUACACACUGUAUUUAAGGCAUUAAUUACUGAAAAAGGGCAACGUUGUGCGAUAAUCUGUUCCUCAUUUCCACACAUAUACACCGAAUCUGCUCACCUCACGUUUCGUUUUUAUUUCGCCGGAGACGAACAGAAACAUAAAUUUUCAUCACGUGUUCAGUGUUUUUAGAUUAUAGGUUACGAGUACCGCAGACGUUUUCAGCGGUGCAUGCAAAUGCAAUUCUAACACCACGGCAACUGAAUUCAUUUUUUAUUGUGACUCAGGGGCCCUAAAUGGAGUUGUAGAUCCGUCAUUUAGGUACUGACAUAUAAACCACACUGAAACCAAUGAUUAAAACCUUCGUUAGGACAGAAGUGAUGGUAAAGGAUUUUGUUAGCAUAGUAAAGCCUGAAAGGAGGACAAUUUAGUUGGCUUAGGUAUGCCGAAAUAGGAUAUGACAUUUCGGUAAAUAAAAGACUAAAAUUAAGCCUCUGCUGUGCACAGCGUUUUUGUUGUUCAGUGACAACUCGUUAUUUGGAAGGGUAUGCGAGGAACUCACAAAAAAGCCAACUAACUUUUCGUAGUAUUUAAAGAAUGCAGAUGGAUACAAAACUACACAUAUUCACUAACUGACAAAGACAAGUACAUAAAGCUGGCGGGCAGUUAUAGAAGAAGGACAAAACUGACCCACAAGAGAAAGGAAAACUGAAGGUUAACUGAGCUUACACGUUGUCUCUGUUUAGGAUAAGUGACUCCUCAUAGUGACGUAAAAAUACUCACCUUAAAAGUAUACUUUACUACGGAUGAUACGAGCUAUAAACUGUGAUUUAAGCUAUGAAUCGAACUACUUACAUGAGAAGUAUUUUGGGGCACAGGGCCCAACAAGAUCUACUGAAAACGUCCAAGAAAAUAAGUGUUUCUAUGCUGAUCUAUUGUGAUAUGUGCAUAAUUUGUAUAAAGUCGUUGGAAACUCAGCACACAGUGCUGUUAUUUUAGUUAAAGAUAUUCACACUGUAGCAGAACAUUGGAGAAACCGAGACGGUACCUUUAAAGCCCAACAAAAUCGAUCAGUUGAGGGAGUACCGAAAAUUUCAUCAGUAUCCUGUAUGGCAACAUAGGCGCUCAUGUGCCUGCUUAUGUAUAGUAUCAAGAAAUCCACAACAUAUCUAAUGACUGUCGGAGAUAUUGAAGCGACAUGAAACACACAUCUUUCUCUUUGUAGUCGUGGAACGUAUACAUCAAGAGGAUAUAAAAACUGCCUCACCCUUUUCCCUCUUUUGCUUUCUAUCUCCCCUCCCCCCUCCAACCACUCAACCACUAUGCCUUCUUCUCCCACAUUCUUAACGCCAUAUAUCUCUCAUAGAUGAAUUUAGAAUUUGCUUAAGGCAUUCGUUACAGCACAUAUGUAUCCAGAUAUGUUAGUUUGGCUAUAACAGUAGGCAGUUUGAUGUCUAACAUGUUGACAUAUGAUUUCAGUUAACAUGAAACACAAAAGCACUUUGUUCAUUCACGUACUGUAACAUAAAUGACUUGUAUUUCUCUCAAAAUUUUUCUCCUCUGUACAUCUGAGGGUGCACGUUACCCUUCAUCCUGUGACCGCUCUUCGUUACUGCAUAUACUAGAAGUCACACAUACUUUCAAAAAUUUUAAACUUUAUGUUUCUGAGUAUGCAGUGCUUUAUUUCACGAAUCUCAUUUCUGUUAAUAGCAAGUUUCGUUUUUAAUCUCCAACCUUCUCCAAAAAAAAGUAAAAUGGCAUCUAGAAAUUUGAGACACAAAGAAAAAAUAUACACACAUGCAUUCAAACGAUGUGAAUGUGGGUUAUACCUUCUGAACAAGAGGAAAAAUAUUGUUACUUCCAUUUCAUUGUUUUUUUUUUAUAUUUAAGUGAGCCAGUAUCUCCCUGACCAUCACAAUUUCCUACUUAAUUUGGUUUUCACUUCUGAUUUCAACAAACAUAAAAAUUUAUUUCUUUAGAUAAUUUACUGCAUCUCGCUCUUGGUAUUUAUUCAAGCAUGGAAACAUCAACCUCAGUAAAUAUUACAGUUCUGUGUCAGAUGUACAGACUCUCUGUGAACAAUGUUUAUAUAACUAUUUCCAAUCAUUUAAACUGAUUAAGAGCUAAGAUUUCUUAUCAGGACAGAAUAGUGAUACUUAAUUUGUAAGUUAUUACAAAAUUUCUGGAAAAUCUGGACAAUCGAACUUAUAAUAUCUGGAAUAGGAUCUAUACAAGGAACUGAAAAAUAAACUCUCACCCCAAGCCUCAAAUUUCUUAUUUAUAUUCUACAUGGCGCCGUUCUACGAUUACCUCUUUACUGUUAACUAUGAAAGUUUAAUUUUUUUCAGCUAUCACUGAAAAACAUAUAGAUGGUAAAAUCAAUUUUUCCCUUUAAUAAAUAGUUGUUCACUUAUUUUGUACCACUAGAUUAAGUGGUUCUCAUUUAUUUACAAAAGUGAAUUCUGUGUGAUUUUCGUGACUGUGUUGCAGUAAAACAUUAUUGUUUCUUAAGUCAUUCCUUGAAAUUUUCAAGUACAAAAAAUAUUCGAGCAUGUAUUCUGACGAUAACUGAUAUAUUUUUAUUCACUUAAUAUUUGUUCACUAACCUAUGAAAUAUUAUUCAUAGAUUCAAACACCAUUGUCAUUUGAUGAAGAUCCACAACAGAUCAUACAUAUGAAAAACUGCUUAUUACUUAAUUUGGAAUCAUGUACCCAAAUUUCUGUUAAUCAUUGACAAUUACAAUUAAAUUCAUGAUUUCAGUUGAUAAUUUAUGUUAAUGCAAUAUUAAGUAAUAAGUACAUAACAUUUUAUCCCUGUAACAAAUUAAUAAAUAUGGUGAUAAUAUUCAUAAUUCAGUAUAUUAUGUUAACAGAUAUACAAUACUGAACAUAAACCAUUUUAGGUAAGAAGGAGUUUCUAGGGUAAGACAAAUAGUUAAUAAGACAAAUAGUCUUUCCAGUUCGAACAGACAUCGAAUAUUACUGCAUAUAGACGUAAAUAACAUCAGGAACUUCUAGCAUUAGGCAUGUAAUUAAUAUCUGAAGCACUUCUUGUAAGGAUAGAAAUGAGACAUUUACUCUAGCUGCUCUGUAAUAUACAACAUUAUCGCCCAAGACAAAAUGAUUUGUUAUAACAAUAAACCUUCUACUAUGUCAUCACAUUAUUCGAUUUUGGCUUAUGUUAUUUCAAUAGCUAGACAUCUGUGUUAGAUUACAUGAAGACAAUUGAUAUUAAUGCUGAUGUCCCUUAGGCAGAUAAGGUAUUCGUGAAGAUACUGUGCACAAAGACAUUAGCAAGCUCGAUAGCCAACACAUUGUUUAUCAUGGUGUGUGUGGGAUAUAUCUGUGUGGGAUAUAACCUCAAAUACUCAUUUCACUAUAGCAAACUCAAUAAAAAACACACUGUUUAUCAUGGUGUCUAUGGAUAUGGCCUGAAAUACCAGUUUCAUUGAAUCUUUAUAGCUAAAAAGGAUUACAGCUUAAAAUUAUAGUUACACUACAUUCGAUUUGAAUAAAUUAUCGAUAAAAUAAAAUGAAGUAUUAUGGGAAGGUUGAUUUAUUUUUUAUGCUAAUUAACGAGUGAAAGAGGUUGACAAAAAUUUAAAAGAUCAACAUAAUUUGUUUAAAAAAAUGUGUUUUUUGAAAGGCAAGAGUUUUGCAAUGCCAUAAAAUAAAAAUAGUUUCUGUAGUAUUCAUAACUGAAAGAAGAUACCACAAUCUAAAAACGUGUUAGGCACAAAAUUAAUUUACUUCACAGUUCGAUUUACUGUUUUAGAAAUAACGUAUCCUUAUUUUAUUGUUCUCAUAAUAAAAAAAUACUUUUGGAGAAAUUGAUUGGAGAAAAAACGUAUUUUACUGUUAGCUAUCAAAACAAUGUAAUGUGAAAUAAAUGAAACAUUAUUCUAUAUUAGAAUUGAAUGGCGUUGCAGUCGUUAAUAUCACUUUGUCGUAUUCUUGUCUCCUAAGUGGUUAAAGGUAUGAAUCCAAUAUUUCCUUGUUUUACUCUUAUAAAAUUAGUCUCCCCAAAGAGUUCCUGUAUGAGAAGAAAGAUGGUGGGAGGGGCAUGGAAGUAAUGCAAGGUGCCAAUUAUGUUAGAUUUACCUGAUGUUCAUUUAACUUAUACUAUUAUUCCAAUAUAUAAAAGUAUAAGAGGAAGGAGUACAUCUCAUUGUCGUCAGACAAAGAACAUGUGUCAUAUAAUGAAUGUCGUGCAGCCACUAGAAGAAGCUUAGUGGUGAUUAGUGUGUCCAAGGGUGCGAACAACAAGACCGUUGUAAAAAAUGCAACUAACCAAAAACUUUUACCAAGGGGUUUUAAAUGACAAGAAUCAUUAACUACAUAACUAAGCACACCUAUAACGAUUACAAAGAUUAUGUAGUAGGUCCAGUGUAUAUUUGUCAUACUGCAAUCUGAGAAGGAAAAAAUAAUGGUCUAGUAUCUCCCUGCUGCUAUUUCCUCUCAUGUUUGAAGAUAUAACAUAAGAGAACUCUAAAUCUAAAAUUUGAAAUAGCAGGUCAGCCUGCUCCAGUUAUUAUUCAGCCACUAAAAGGGCUACAUAUCGAAACUGGAUAAUCUUACCUGCACGGCUUAUUGGAUGCACUGUCCUAAUGUAAUAAGAUGAAACUUUCACGUUAAUUUUCACGUGAUGACAAACGAUCGUAGUGGACAGGGGUUUUCCCCAAGUAUGUGAAUUGUCAUAGAAACAAAAGAGAGUCUAAUGAGAUAUUAUUAUCCGCCGAUUUGUAAGUGACAUUUAGAAUUCCAUUACACUUGCAACAGUGCAUAAUAAUUCACAAUUUUCAAAGAUGUUUUAUAUAACGUUAUUAUCAUGGAUUUAAAAACGGUACACCUCUUAUUUUAUGUUUGGUAUUUAGCUGGCACAUAAGAAAUGUGUAACCAAUAUAUCAGCAUAAUUUUUCAACAUAAAAUGUUGAUACUGCUGAAAUGAUGUUAUAUCAUCAUUAAUUCUUCAUUGCAUCUAGUUAAGGUCACAUUUAAAACAAUAUUUUAGGCACCACACUGACAUUUUCAUUUUACCAUUUGUUAAAAGAUGCUUUUCACUUUUUGAUAAAUAUAUUUCGAAUAUUUUGUUGCAAGAAUGGGAACUUGAUGCAAGACAGUAAUGAAAGGUCACUUAUUUAAUUUAGAACAAAGAGUUGUAUGGUGCUUAAAUUUACAAGUAAAGGAAAUAUCUCAUCCAGAGUCUGUUAAAGUAUUUCAUUUUUCUGAGGGCAUAAAACUAAAUUUUCUGUUUAUGAAAAAAUUUAAUGAAGAUACACAAAUAACAAAAACAUGCUACCAUGUCAAUAGUUCGAUGGCUGUUCUUCUGGUGCAUCUAUUCUGUGUCCUGAAGAAUGUAAUUAGAAAUGCAGAAAUUUAUCACCAAAUGUAGAUGGAGAAAGGUUAAAGCUAAUUCUAGGUUUCAUGUUUUUGCACUACACCAACUAUCAUCUCUUAAACUCUAGUCUAGGAGUUAUAAAAACUGACUGCAAAAGUAUAAUACCAAGGACAUAUUAAUUCACUAAGUUGACACUUUUGCAUGUAUACAUUUAUAACUUGAUGAAAAGUUUCUAACACAAAAUACAGCUUCACAUCAACGCCUUACCAAUAUUACUUUCAAAUUACAUAGUAAUUCAUGGCCAAAUACCUAUGUAUGAAGCUGAGGAAUGUUCAUAUACGUUACUGUGUAUGAAACUCAUCUUGCCACAUAUAUUAAGCCUCAAUCAACCAACAGUUUCUUCGAUAAAGCAUCAAUGACCAUAUGAUGAGGUUAUUGAAUUGACAACCAUAUCUAUUAAAUUUAACGUUCUUUUAUUUAUAGCUCUAGAAUCAAAAUAAAUGCUCAAUGGAAGAGAAAUCAUUACUUUAGUUGACAAUUAUCCAGCAGCUCCAGAGUUGUAAAAUUGUCCUUACUGUAAGAAAUACUCUUAACGUGAAACAGAUUUAUCGAUACAUAUAUCUUAGAGAAUGCAACACUAUGUUAUCGGAGACAGGGUACACAAACACAUUAUGUGUCUACUGUUGAUUGGUAGUGACAUUGGCCUUUAUUUGUUAGAUACAAAGAUUUCUUUUCCUUUGUUUCACAGACCCAGGAAGAAAUCAAGUCACUAAUGUCCAUAGUGUGUGUGUACUAGGUGGUGAAAUGAAGUAACCAUUAAUCAGUAGUAUACUACGUAAAGUGAAUGUGUGUUACUGUGUGGUAGACAAAAUUUAUAAAUACAGUUCAUCACCUCAGUUCCAUAUAUGACAAAUAAGAAAUCUAUAAAUAAUAAAUACUUUGUAAAUCUUGCUCUGUUUAAAGUACAUGUACACGAUACUAAUACUAUCUAUAUUUUCUCUACUCAACUGUAAUUCUUAACUGACACAGUUUCUAUAGCAAGAAGUAAGUAUCAACCUUCUGUAGACGAUGUUUUGUGGACAAUUACUGGACCACUAAUUUUGUUACUUUUGUAGAACAAUUGGGAUAGAAGCUGUGAUUCUGCUUGUUACGCUACGUUUAAGUCAGUUACUUUAGAACGUAAUGUCUGUAGUAAAUCAUUUAACACAGAGUCAACUGAACUCGAGCGGUAUUUGUCGUAAUGCCAGCUGUGUAGCUGCACUAGAUUGAGUAAGAAUUUCUUAGAAAUUUUCAUGUAACAAAUUUCAUUUGUUGGAUGUUAAUGUAAAAGAGAAGUGAUUCUCAGCAUCUGUUAUGUUCUCAUAGUAUCUAGUGUAAAUAAUGUCAUUAUCAUUUGUGUCAUCCGCCGUGUAAUUGGUUAUUAGUUUGUUUCCACGUAAUAAAAGAAGAUCUUUAGAA